UACGAACAGUGUUGAGAGGUGGAGAUGUAGGACCUCGGCCUGGGACCCACGCUGUCGCUGCUUCGGGACCUCCCGCCGUAUUUUGGGAAGAAGAGAAAACUUAAAGCUUGUUAACGAUCUCGACAGUCGAUAAAAAAAACCGAGAUGACGAUGUGACGAACUUUUUUAGAACGUGUUUGUGUGGUUAAACGAAGACAAAAUAUUCGUGUUUGUUGUCCGUUUGUUUGUCGUGUCAUAAACAAUAUGCAACUGUGGCUAGUGAAGUGACCGCCUGCCUUCCACCUGUCAGGAUUAUAUAGAGUUGAUCUUGCAACUGUUUACAGUUAUAGAUUACGCUGGAAGUUCUUACAACGCUUGCGCAAUAAAGGCUAACGACUGACAGCAAAGGCUUCAUAAUGGCCAGCUCCACUCUAAGCCUCAUUUACAGUAACCGACCUCAGCAACUGACACAGAGUGAGAGCCGGUUAGGGCAGUGGUUGCCCUGUUAUACUUGAAAGUUUCCAAAACAACAUGAGAUCGCCUAACAGCGAACUGGUUGUGGCGACGAUGAUCGUGGCGCUGGGUCCCCUUGCGACAGGACUGGGGAAAGGGUACUCCUCUCCAGCUCUGGCCUCCAUGCAAGUUCCUCCAGCAGUCAACAGCACCCUCAACUUCAGUAUAACCACAGAACAAGGGUCAUGGAUAGCGUCCCUGUCACUCCUGGGAGCAUUUUUUGGUGGUAUUCCAGGGGGGCUUGCGAUGAGGUUCGGAAGGAAGAGCAUCCUUGCAGUCGUAGCCCUGCCCUUCGCCCUGUCUUGGUUUCUGACAGUGUUUGCAACCAGUGUCUACAUGGUUUAUGCCUCGUCCUUCAUGUGCGGAAUCUGCUCGGCAAUUGUUUCUCUCGUCACUCCAGUGUACAUCAGUGAAAUUGCCCACCCAGAGAUUCGAGGAUGUCUCUGUUCUGUGGCUAAACUCACAGCCAACAUAGGGAUGCUGCUCUCCUUCCUACUCGGUGUUUACCUCGACUGGCGUCAACUGGCCAUGGUUGCCUCCAUAGCCCCUGCUCUGCUCUUCUUGGCUCUGAUGCUGAUUCCAGAGACUCCGAGUUAUCUCUUGUAUCAGGGACGGGACGAUGAUGCUGCCACCUCCCUUUCAUGGCUGCGGGGGGGACUUGACGUCUCUCAAGAACUGGACACGAUGCGAGCAAACAUUGACGCCAUGAGAGAGGAAGAGGAAGUGACAUGUUACAGGGAGUGGCGCCGUGAUCUGAUCAAACCAGUGCUGAUUACAUGUGGGCUCAUGAUAUUCCAGAAAUUCAGUGGAGCUAAUGCAUUCAAUUUCUAUGCUGUCCCAAUUCUCAAAGAAGCCUUUGUUGGUAUCAAUCCUUACAGUGCUGCUGUUGUGGUUAUACUUUUGCAGAUUCUGGCUGGGAUGGUUUCCUCUGUUCUCAUUGACACUGUGGGUCGGUUGCCUCUACUGAUCGUCUCCAACUUGCUGAUGUCCACUGCCCUAGCUGGAUUCGGUACCUUCCUUUAUGUGACUGGUGGAGAGGGCAUGACAGGAGCUGGACUUGACUGGAUACCACUGACAUGUGCACUGAUAUUCCAAGUGGCCUUUGCUCUUGGUAUUUCUCCAAUUGCCUGGAUCUACAUAGGAGAGCUAUUUCCCCUAAAACACCGAGGUCUCGGGGCUAUUGCCAAUUCUGUGAGCUAUGCUUGCUCCUUCGCCAGUGUCAAGACGUUCGUCGAUUUCCAAAUACUUCUAGGCCUACACGGAGCAUUUUGGCUAUAUGCAGGCAUCUCAGUCAUAGGCCUCAUCUUCACCGUCGCCCUGGUACCCGAGACCAAAGGCCGCGGCCUUCAGGAGAUGCAGGAAAAGUACCCUCCUCAGGAAAAAUACACACCGAUAUACGACGAUCUACAGAGGCAAAACAAACUGAUACCUUGAGCCUCAGAACCAUCUCUUCACUUCUCGUUGUAUCGUUUUUUGAAGGUUGUCUGAACACUUUUAUUCAUUUUGUGAUUUGGGAGACGAUGGUUAACCAAUCGAUGUUCGUACAAAUCAUCACCUGCUGCUACUCUACUGUCUCAGACAAAUCCUUUAGAUACCUGUAAUUUGUGGAAUAGUAAGUGUUAGUCAAUACAGUACUUGUGUUAUGCCAUUUCAGAUGUUAGUAUCGAGAGCUUUACGUAAAUGUUAGGAUCCAUCUUUCCCGAGUCCGUUUGUGAAUUGAUAGACUGCAUUAAUUCAUAGAGAUGAAGUGUUCCCCCCCCCCCCUCUAUGUUUAGUUCACGAAUAUGCUGAAUCUGUACUGCAAAACCAUUUUUGCAAAAUAAUUUUGUAUAUAUUGUACAAAAAUGAACGAAAAUUUGUGUAAAUUACACUUAAUUUAUUAGGUUAAUGGUAGAUUGUAAAUAGGACGAUUUCUUUUUUCUAUAUUUCUCUGGAUACUUUGUAAUAUCUGUGAUUCUGAUAAUAAAGAAUUAGAUACUGAA